AUGGAUGCCUCUCCUACACUGACUCCCGCCAAAGUCGCGACGUACAUGGUCGAGAGCGGCGUCGCAAAGCACAGAGAUCGAUAUGAGAACAUUUUUUUCAAGGCUGUCCUCGCGGGCGUGAUGCUCUCCUUUGGCGGCCUCUUGUCCGAAGUCAUCUCUGGCGGAGCGACUGGGCUGAGACUGUCGGAUCCUGGAAUCGUGAAGAUCCUGGGUGGUUUUGUCUUUCCUGUCGGUUUGGUCAUGAUCGUGCUGCAGGGCCUUGAACUACUCACGAGCAACAUGAUGAUAUUUCCCAUGGUUAUCAUCAAAGGCGCCAUCCCAUGGUGGAGUCUCCCCAUCAAUUUCGUCCUCGUGACUUUUGGGAAUCUCGUGGGGAGCCUCUUCUUCGCAGCCGUCCUCGUUAAAUACAGCGGGAUUGUAUCAACGGAACCUUACUCCACCUAUAUACAGACGUUUGCAAUUGACAAAGCUGCUGAUCCCCACUGGCACCAGAUAUUCUUGAGAGGGAUCGGAUGCAAUUGGCUCGUAUGUGUUGCAGUUUGGCAAGCUGCCGGAGCUAGGGACACCAUAUCCAAGAUCGUUGCCAUUUGGAUUCCUAUUUGGGUUUUUGUCGCAUGCUCGUUUGAUCACGUGGUUGCCAACAUGUUCUCGGUACCUCUUGGGAUCAUGUUUGGCGCAGACCUCACCACGGCCGAGUACAUUCGCAAAUCUCUAAUUGCUGCCUACCUUGGAAACAUGGUGGGUGCAUUGCUGGUCGCGCUCCCAGCAACGUACUUUUACCUGAGGGACUAUGACACGGAUGGAUUGAGAGCAGCCGAGAAAGGAGAGUCCGCGAUCCGAGAGAAUAGUAUGGAUGAUAAACGCAUUUGA